AUUUCAAAAUUGAUAAUAAAAGAGAUGCUGAAACAGAUGAUGAAAAUAAUGAGAAAACUGACAAUAAGAAGACUGCUCAUAAAAAGAGGGAUGAUGAUUACAAUGAUAAAGAUGUUGAAAAGUAUAAUCAUCAGAAGCCUAUUACUUACCAAGAGUUUGAUGAAAUGAAAUACGGUGAAAUAUUUCACGCCAGUUAUCAUGGAAGCGAGAAUAAAGUAGAAAAGACUGAAUAUAGAACCUACUCAGAUAAUGUUGGAAAUUUUGAAUAUGAUGAUGAUACUGAUAAAGACACCAGCAACAACAAAGCUGACGAAAACGAUAUGAUAAUAGCAUUAGACUAA